AUGAAGGCGCUGUAUGGAUAAAUAUUUAGGCUGCACAAGUUGUUGGAGGAGGUAACGAGCAGUUUUCUUACAUCAGACUUCUCAGUAGAUAUACUGUAGUUGCUUUGAGAUGUUCCCAAUCCUGACACACGGAAAUUAGAUCUAAAUAGUUUGAAUAGUGAAAUAAGACAGCAAUAAAAAAAAACUGCACACUGGUAGUAUUCUCAGGAAGGUCGCAUUCUGCACUGGUAGUAUUCUCAGGAAGGUCUGCAUUCUGCACUGGUAGUAUUCUCAGGAAGGUCUGCAUUCCUAGAAGAGUUGAAAAAGAAUACAUCCAAAAGUGUGGACGAUCCCAUUUUCCUAAUAUACAGUAAUAAAAUGUUUUCUCUAUAAUAAUAAUAAUAAUAAGCCAUUUAGCAGACGCUUUUAUCCAAGCGACUUACAGUCAUGCGUGCAUAAUUUUUUUUUUGUGUAUGGGUGGUCCCGGGGAUCGAACCCACUACCUUGGCGUUACAAGCGCCGUGCUCUACCAGCUGAGCUACAGAGGACCACAAUAAAUAUCUAUAAUAUCUAUAAUAUGUACUACCCAUACACAUAUCAUUGUUUUAAGAUAGUAAUAACAUGGACCAACAAGCUAUUAAGUAAUAAAAAUGUGUCUGUCAUCAUACAGAUUGGGGUAUAACAGGGGUGAUCAAGCAGCGCUCCACCUCCUCCAUUCUUUGUCCGUCUCCCCGACACUGCCAGCUCUCCCCAGGUACAAUCUCCACAGGUACCCUCACCAAAAGCCAAUCGGAGUGUGACCAGCAUGCCGCCGCCACCCAGAAGAACCCGGCUAAGAACACUCAAUCUUUCCCCCUCUGGUCACACAGAGCUUGCACCUCCCCUGACAAACGGCCUCAUUCUCCGUCCAAGACGUCGCACCCACACGCUUCACACAGAUUUUCUGUCCCCAUCCCACCUCCUGGCUCCCGGCACUCCUGCCCAGCUGAGGCAGACCCAUCCGCAUGUCCACCCCAGGUCCCCAUUGACUGACCAGGCAAAGGUCAAGGAUAAGGUCAAGAGGUCAGAGGUUGCAUCGUCUGAGGAAUUGUCUGAGGAAGUUCAACGGAGAGGCGCAGAAAUUGAGAAUAUGUAUAAAGCGCAGCUGAAAGAGAGGAUGGCCCAAAAGGAAAAGGAAGAGAUUCUGAAGAAAAGGAUAAACAACUAUGACAAGAACGAUGACACUGAGGCCUCCUGCUCCUCUGCAGUAGGACAAUCGAAGACCCCUGCCACAGCCCCCGAGCGUCCGGCCAGCCCAGAGGCCACCACAGAUGCCACGCCAGUGGCCGUCCAAGAGGACACUCAGGGGGCCACCCAGCAGGACCUAGCAGAGGUUUGUGAAUGUGCUCAAGAGGCAGUCAUCUGACCUAUACCUGCCUGACGACGUUUGUGAGGAUUCACUCACGUGGAGCUCCAUUUACGAGGAGCUGUGCCCACUUGCUCACAGGGUGAACUCAGAAGCUGACUACAAUCAAGGCGCUCUGCGACACCACUGAGAAGGCUGUGACGCCCUUGCGCUUGUCUCAGGAGGAUGUGUCUCAGAGUAUGAGUGAGGACACAAGUGAGGAGGGGAGUAGUGAAAGUGAGGAGAGCAUGAGUGGACAACAACAGAGAUGUCUACACAGGGAUCCUUAUGGUGAGAGGGAGAGGAAGAAGAUUGAUAGUCGUACAAUGGAAGGGAGAUAUGCAACCGCAAAUGCAAUGUCUAUGAUGGCGAGCCUAGGGAAAGAAGAACUUAAUGCCAUGAGCUACGCAGAGAGGAUUAAAUAUUUCAAGGACGAGGCUAAGAAAAAUGAAGAGAUGUUGAAGAUGAAAAGUGGGAAGGAAAAAAAAAGGAAGGCGGAGAAAGAAAGGGAAGAAGAGGAAGAAAUCGGUUGA